GAGGAUUCCGGUGUGAUUGCGCAAUCUCACCGGGAACCGGAGGAAGAUUAGAAGGAGAGAUUGAAUGAGAAUUAGAGAGAGAGAAAGGGGGUGGGAGAUUGAAGAAGGGAAAUAGGAAAAAGGGAGAGAGGUGGUGGGGGAGAGUGGGGUCGCGGUAGUUCCCAGUUCCCCCCCCCCCAUCUCCUCUUCUUCCUCCUCUUCUUCCUCUCUCCAACGAAAGGAAAGGGGGCGAACGAAUGCCAGGCACGGAAGCUUCCCAUUGGUCAGUUUGAGGUCAGCUGGUCUCUGCCUCCCCCCUUAUACCCCUCCUCACCCCAUCCCGUCUUCUCCACACACAUAUACACAACCACACACACACACACACACUCUCUCUCUCGCUUGCUCUCCCCCCUCUCUCUGUCUCUCUCUCUCUGUCCCACACUGGCACUCAGCCACCCAGAUACCCCUUCCCCUCCUCUCACCCUCACCCUCCUCACCCCCUCCUCCCAAUCUGCGAUAAACUAAGUGAUAGCAGCAGCCCGUCGGACUGUCGGCUAUAAAACACAACAAAUCAUAAAGUGCAGGCAGGGGAAGGCAGAGGCAGGAGGACGGGAGGGAGAACCGUUAGCCGUUAGCCGUUAGCCUCCUUCUACUCCUCCUUCUUCUUCAUCGCGUGAACGUUGUUGUUGUGUUUGUUUCGUGCCCUCCUGUCCUCCCCUCUCCUCUUCUUCUCCUCUCUUCUCUUCUCAUCCUUCUCCCCCAAUACUUUCUCCCGAUGAGUUCCUAUUUUGUCAACUCCUCUUUCCCGGUGACGCUACCGGGAACGGGUGGAGGCGGGCAGGCGGCGGCGGAGUCGUUCCUGGGUCAGAUCCCGCUCUACUCGUCGGGGUACGCCGCCGACCACCCGCUCAGGCACUACCCGGCAGCCGCCGUUACCGCUGCCGCUGCCGUGGCGUACGGCGCAAGCGGCGGCGUGCACCAGGAUAAACCGUACUCGGCGUCCACCUAUUACCAGCAGGCUGCGAACGGAGGGUACGGCGGGCACCGGGCGGCGGCGGGAGUCGGUGUAGGGGGCGCAACCGGAGCCGGUGCCUGCGAUUAUGCUACGGCGGCGGCAGCGGCAGCUGCAGCGGCGGCCACGAGUUUCUACCGGGACAAGGAGCACCAGUGCAGCCUGGAGGAGCACCAGCUCGCGCUGAGCCAGGACGGCAUUCACCGUAAAGCGGAGUGCGCGGGGCUGAGUGGGAAAGGGCUGUUCGGUGAAACGAUGGACGACAAGCAAUCAUCAGCACCCAUUUACCCGUGGAUGCAGCGGAUGAACGCGUGCAACGGGACCUUUGGCAGCCCCGGGAGGCGCGGGCGGCAGACGUACACGCGCUACCAGACGCUCGAGCUGGAGAAGGAGUUCCACUUCAACCGGUACCUCACGCGGCGGCGGCGGAUCGAGAUCGCGCACGCGCUCUGCCUCACCGAGCGGCAGAUCAAGAUCUGGUUUCAGAACCGGAGGAUGAAAUGGAAGAAGGACAACAAACUGAAAAGCAUGAGCCUCGCCACCGGCAGCAGCGCCUUCCAACCCUAGAAAUUAUAACCAAUUAAAAAAAAAUCCUUCCGCCUAUCUCUUUGGAGAGGUUACCAUACCAUGUGCAGGCUUCCCAGGAGGAGAAAGAAACAAAACAGUAGAAAAAAAAUAAAGAAAACUUGAAGAAAAACAUAGAAAAUCAGAGAAGAAGCCAGCAGAAAUGGAGCAAAAGGAGACGGCGACGAAGAAACAUGUACAACAAGCAGAUUCCAAAUCUAGAUUUUAAAAACACUUCCUAUCAUCAACUGAGUACUGUACAGCAGCGCAGCACUUUUUGUUUGUUCGGCAUGUUGGUCUUUGGUGUUUUAGGGCAACGUAAAAAAAUAAUGACUGUGGUACUUGCUCUUGUAAAAAAAAACAAAAAACUUAGUGUUCCUGUGUGUUGUCGUCGUUUUUAAAAUAGAUGUCCGGAGGAGAGGAGUCGAGAUAAGGAAAGGAUGGAUAAUACUACCUAACUACGUUUCUACCUACAUCCUACCUUACAACCUUGCUACCUACCUGUUGUUUAAUGUCUAAAUAUCGUUUCAUGUGUCAAGUGUUUUGUAAUUGACAAAGUGCUUUCUAGAGAAGUUAGCAUGUGAGCUCUUAUUGUAAGUUAUUUACAGCCAAUAACGCGUGUAUAGCCUUCUAGUUUGAGUCCUCUCUCUCUGUCAGUUACUUGCCAUUCAGAUCUGCUCCUAUUUUUAUUGAGGAAGCAGGGAAGGUGUGUAUGUGUGCGUGCGCGUGCGUGUGUGUUUGUCUAAAAACAAACCAGCCCUGCCUACCAUCACCGUAACCUUCCAUAAUGUUGUGUAUAGCUCUAUUAUUCAAAAAAAAGUGUAACUGUAUAUUAUUGUUAUUAUUAUUGUAAUUAUUGAAUCCAUGUUUCAGAAGGGAUGUAUAUAGAUAUAUAUUGACAUUUUUAAAUGUGACCAGUUGGCUAUUUGUAGUUGCAGUGUGUGUGUGUGUGUGAGAGAGAGAGAGAGAGAGAGAGAGAGAGAGAGUGCGUGCUUGCCUGUGUGAGUGAGUGAGUGUGUGCGUGUAUGUACGCAUGUAAGGGAAAUGGCUACCGUCCUGUGAGGCCUGUAAGCUUUCUGCCAAUGAGCUUUUUGUAUUUGUUUGUAACUUGGAGUAAAAAAAAAAAAAACAACAACAAUAAAGUUCCCCAUACUCAUCAAAACCA